GGAUUCUUCCAUUUGUAUGUUAAUGAAGAACAAAGGAGAGGGAGAAUCUCUUUGCCUUAAAAAAAGACAUCCAUCCGUUAGAAAACAUAAUAGGUAAUUAAUAUUUCCAAGGAGUAUAAAGACCUCGAGGAGCCAGUUGUUUCUCCUGGUAGCUGUUAGGCUGUGGAGUCGGCGUCUGCACCAUUCAUAACCGUAGUGCACGAAUUGGCACAGAUUGAAGCCCGAGCAGCAAGCUGUUCCAGGUAGACCAGAUGUCUUAAAGGAAGGCUGUGUCUCUACAAGUAAACACAAUGCCUGUUUCCUGUCAUUUUCACCGUUGAAUAGCUGGCUAUUUGAUAAUAGGAAUAAUUCUUGAUUGAUAGCAUUCUGUUUUCAAGAAGGGUAACCCAACUGUUCUCAGAAGGAAGCGCUUUUUCAAAACACAUUCUCCACAGGCAUGACUUUAUCUCCCUUUCCCCAUCAGGGGUUGGUCUCGUGCUGCUGGAUGUUGACCCAGAGAUGAGGGAAGGUGUUGGUGGCCACUGUCUUGGGGAACGGUAGAAAGGGUGGAGGGGAAAGAUAACUGGCGAAUAUGAGAGGGCCUCCACUGACGUCGUCAGCAAUCGAAAGGAGGAAGAAGGGUGUUGGGGAUGCGAGCAGUGGUGGGGCCGUGGACAAAUACCAGCGAUGGGCUCAGAGAGGGAACGGUCUCCAGCACUGGCUUGACUGUGAAUCUAACAAGCCCAAAAUGCAUUCAUUGAACACAUAUUUAUUAAGGUCCUUCUAUUCCCAAGGAGCUAUUCUAGGCAUUUGGGAUCCAUCUGUGACAAACAAACAAACAAACAAAUCCCUACCCUUGUGGAGCUUUUAUUCCAGAGAGGGCAUCAGAGAGGAAAUAAGAAACAGAAGACAUAAAAACAAAUUAUACAAAGCAUUAGUGGGUGACAAGUGCUAUGGAAGCAAACAAAAACAAAAAAAGUUAACGGGUCCUGGAAUCCGGGGCAUGGGGGCCUCACAAUUUUACGUAGGCUUUUCAGGGGUGGCUUGCUAAAAGCGAUAUCGGUACGAACACUCGGUGUGGUGAAGAAGCCGUUCGGGCAAUUAUCUGAGGAAAGAGCGUUCCAGGCUGAGGCAACAACGAUUGCGAAGAGCCAAACGUGGAAGGGUACCUGGAGAGUUUGAAGAACGGCCAGGAGGCCCAGGAAGCGUUGAGCGGGGACGGGGCAGCAGAUGAGCGGGAGAAAGCGAGGUGAGGAGUCGCAGGUCAGAGAGCCCACGGGCAAGGCGCCUGGGCCCUUCUCGGUCAUGUAGGAGUACAACUUUAGCUCAAAGGGCAAUAGAGAGCUUUCGCAGAGUUUCCAUUAGACAAAUAACCUUAUCUGACCCACAUUUAAAACACAUCUCUCUCUAGUACAUGGAGAAUAGAUUGUGGCAUAAAAAUAAAAGAAUUCUCUUUUUUAAACAUGCUGCCUUACUUCUACGACAGGGUUGCUAUGGGACUCAAAUGCAAAAAAUAAAUAAGUAAAUCAAUAAAACGCUUUAAAGAAGAUACAGGACAGUGCAGACCCAAACUAUCAUUAUUUUACACAAACAACAGGGGGUUCAAAAGCCAGGGUCCCCCUUGCCUCCUCUGACCAUGUGUGGUAACCCCGUUUGUGAAAUGGAACUAGUCUGUCUGUAAGAAGCUAAAGGCAAAUUGAUUCUAUUUUAAAGAAUGUAAUUUUAUGCCUGAGUUUCACAUCAUUUAGAUUUUUCAGACUGCUACUGAUUUUAUAAUUUAAUUUUUAAAAGAAAUGCCUUUAAAAAAAAGAAGUGGAAAUCCUAGACUCAAAUGCUGAAGACUUUAAAUACAGCAACAGACCUGGAGAGGAGCAGAAGUCUGGGAACUUUAAACCUAUUUCCUUUUCCCUAAUCCCCUCAGAGAGCUAAAAGCGCACUGGCCAGAUCCUCCAACAUUUCGGGGGUGGCAUCUUUUCUUUGCAGUGGCCCUGCCAUCAGGUGAACGCUUCUGGGUGGGAGAACACACACUUUGUGCAACCAUCUGACCUUCAGAGAGUCUGGGGAGAGAUUUUAAAGGAUUUCGGAGAAGAGGCCUUGAGACUCCAAGAGAAAGAACAGGAAUAAGAGGCCCGGAGAAGCCUGAGCCUCCGGGGAGAUGGAACUGAGUUAAUGAAGAGGGGUGAUUAUCCAAGAUAAUUAUGUAAAAGGGAAGGCUAGGAGUUCUACAUGGCUGCAACUUGGAGUUUACUCUGCCUAAGCCACAGGACGAAGUCUUCAGGCUGGCCACCUCCCUCGGGAACCUGGGGCUUGAACCAGGUACCCCCCUAUGGAUGGGAGAUGACUGCGAACCGGGAUGGCCGGGACUGCUUCAUCAAUCACAUGACGCAGGCCAUCCCCUUUGACGACCCUCGGUUGGAGAGCUACCAAAUCGUCCCUCCGGCCCCACGGAGUGUGGAGAUGAGGAGGGACCCCGUGCUGGGGUUUGGUUUCGUGGCGGGGAGUGAAAAGCCAGUAGUCGUUCGCUCUGUAACACCAGGUGGCCCCUCCGAAGGCAAGCUGAUUCCGGGAGAUCAGAUUGUAAUGAUUAAUGAUGAGCCCGUCAGCGCUGCGCCGAGGGAGCGGGUCAUCGACCUGGUCAGAAGCUGCAAAGAAUCAAUCCUCCUCACUGUCAUUCAGCCUUACCCUUCUCCCAAAUCAGCAUUUAUUAGUGCUGCAAAAAAGGCAAGAUUAAAGUCCAAUCCAGUCAAAGUGCGAUUCUCCGAGGAGGUCAUCAUCAAUGGCCAAGUGUCGGAAACUGUUAAGGAUAAUUCACUUCUUUUUAUGCCAAAUGUUUUGAAAGUAUAUCUGGAAAAUGGGCAGACCAAAUCAUUUCGCUUUGACUGCAGCACCUCCAUAAAGGAUGUCAUCUUAACUCUUCAAGAGAAGCUCUCCAUCAAAGGCAUCGAACACUUCUCCCUCAUGCUGGAGCAGAGGACGGAAGGGGCCGGAACCAAGCUGCUGUUGCUUCAUGAACAGGAGACUCUAACUCAGGUGACACAGCGGCCCAGCUCCCAUAAGAUGAGGUGUCUUUUCCGCAUUAGCUUUGUCCCGAAGGAUCCAAUUGACCUUUUACGGAGAGAUCCAGUUGCAUUCGAGUAUCUCUACGUUCAGAGUUGUAACGACGUGGUUCAGGAGCGAUUUGGGCCCGAGCUGAAAUACGACAUAGCCCUGCGGCUGGCAGCCUUGCAAAUGUACAUCGCAACCGUCACCACCAAGCAAACACAGAAAAUCUCCCUCAAAUACAUCGAAAAAGAAUGGGGAUUAGAGACUUUUCUUCCCUCUGCUGUGCUGCAAAGCAUGAAAGAGAAGAACAUAAAGAAAGCACUUUCACACCUUGUCAAAGCAAAUCAAAACUUGGUACCACCGGGUAAAAAGCUCUCUGCACUGCAAGCCAAGGUCCAUUAUCUCAAGUUCCUCAGUGAUCUUCGACUGUACGGGGGUCGUGUGUUCAAGGCAACAUUAGUGCAGGCAGAAAAGCGCUCAGAAGUGACUCUUCUGGUGGGGCCCCGAUAUGGCAUAAGCCAUGUCAUAAACACCAAAACCAAUCUGGUGGCUCUUUUAGCUGACUUCAGCCACGUCAACAGGAUCGAGAUGUUUACCGAGGAAGAAAGCUUGGUGAGGGUAGAGCUCCAUGUGUUGGAUGUGAAGCCCAUCACGCUCCUGAUGGAAUCAUCAGAUGCCAUGAACCUGGCCUGCUUAACUGCUGGCUACUACCGGCUACUUGUGGAUUCCAGGAGGUCGAUAUUUAACAUGGCCAAUAAGAAAAACACAGGGACCCAGGAAACAGGAACUGAAAAUAAAGGAAAGCAUAACCUCCUUGGCCCAGAUUGGAACUGUAUACCCCAGAUGACCACCUUUAUUGGCGAAGGGGAACAAGAAGCCCAGAUAACAUAUAUAGAUUCAAAACAGAAAACGGUUGAUAUUACGGAUGGCGCCUUGUGUCCCAAAGACCACCGGCACCUGUAUCUAGACAACACCUAUAACCCAGAUGAACUCAACCAGCCACUGACCCAGCCGGGAGAUGCUCCGUGUGAGGCAGACUACAGAAGUCUCACUCAGCGGUCCCUGUUGACCCUCUCAGGACCAGACGCUCUGAAGAAAGCACAGGAGUCUCCGAGAGGAGCUAAAGUGUCCUUUAUUUUCGGAGAUCUUGCCUUGGAUGACGGUAGGAAUCCCCCGACUCUUGGCUACGAAAGACUAUUGGAGGAGAGCCCAGAACUGCUGGAGAAGCAGAGGGAUCUCUACAUCAGCGGUGCCAACGAUAUGAAGGGCCUGGAUCUCGCCCCGGAUGCGGAGAGCAUCCAGUUUGUGGCAAAUUCUGUUUAUGCAAACAUAGGUGACGUGAAGCACUUUGAGGCCGCCGAGGGGAUAGAGGAACCCCUCCUGCACGACAUCUGUUAUGCAGAGAACACCGAUGACGCGGAGGAUGAGGACGAGGUGAGCUGUGAGGAGGACCUCGUGGUAGGAGCGAUGAGCCAGCCGGCCAUCCUCAACCUGUCUGGGUCCAGUGAUGACAUCAUUGACCUCACGUCCCUGCCCCCUCCAGAAGGGGAUGACAAUGAGGAUGACUUCCUGUUGCGUUCCUUGAACAUGGCCAUCGCCGCGCCCCCACCUGGCUUCAGAGAUAGUUCAGACGAGGAGGACUCUCAGAGCCAGGCCGCCUCCUUCCUCGAGGACAAGGAGCCAGGCAGGAGUCUGCAAAAUGACGAGAUCCCUGUGUCCCUCAUUGACGCUGUGCCCACCAGCGCCGAGGGGAAGUGUGAGAAGGGCCUGGGUAACACCGUGGUUUCCACGCUCGAAGCUCUAGAAGCUCUGUCCGUGUCAGAGGAACAGCAGACCAGUGACAAUUCAGGUGUAGCCAUCUUGCGGGCUUAUAGUCCCGAGUCUUCGUCAGACUCGGGCAAUGAGACUAACUCUUCCGAAAUGACUGAGAGCUCUGAACUGGCCACAGCGCAGAAGCAGUCAGAAAGCCUCUCCCGCAUGUUCUUGGCUGCUCACGAAGGCUACCACCCCCUUGCAGAAGAGCAGACAGAGUUCCCCACCUCCAAAACCCCCGCUGGGGGCUUGCCUCCCAAGUCCUCGCAUGCCCUGGCCGCCCGUCCGGUGACCGACCUCCCGCCCAAAGUUGUGCCUUCCAAGCAGAUACUUCACCCAGACCCCAUGGAGAUGGAGCCCGAAACCAUGGAGACCAAGUCGGUCACUGACUAUUUCAGCAAACUGCACAUGGGGUCGGUGGUGUACUCGUGCACCAGCAAAAGGAAAAGCAAGCUGGCCGACGGGGAGGGGAAGGCACCCCCUAGUGGGAACAUGCCAGGGAAGAAACAGCAGGGGACCAAAACAGCUGAGGCAGAGGAGGACGCCAAAGGUAAAUUUGGUACUGUGUCUUCAAGGGACAGUCAACAACACCUAAGCACUUUUAACCUGGAAAGAACUGCCUUUCGUAAGGACAGCCAAAGAUGGUACGUGGCCACCGAGGGGGCAGUGGCUGAGAAAAGUGGAUUGGAAGCGGCAGCCGGGAUAACAUUUCCAAGAGCUUCCGGUCUGGGGACGAGGGAGGCGGAAGAGAAGGAUGAAGGGGCUCCUGAUGGAGAAGCCGGUGAGGUUUCAGGACUUGGCCAGCGGGACCACUUCUUAACGGACGUGACCUGUGUAUCUUCAGCCAAAGACUUAGACGACCCAGGGGAUACUGACCCGUCUACCUGUGACCAUCCUUCCAAGCUUCCUGAGGCGGAGGAGAGCGUGGCCCGCCUUUGUGACUACCACCUGGCCAAGCGGAUGUCAUCAUUACCAAGCGAGUGCCAUUUUUCUCUACAGAGCUCUCAAGGCUCUUCGGUGGACGCAGGCUGUGGCACAGGCAGUAGCAGCAGCACCUGUCCCACACCUGUGGAGUCCCCCCUCUGCCCCUCCAUGGGGAAGCACCUGAUUCCCGAGACUGCAGGGAAAGGCAUGGGUUAUGUUCCUGCGGAGGAGAGAGCCGCUGGGCUUCCCAACCAUGGCGCCACCUUCAAGGAAUUGCACCCACAGGCAGAAGGGAUGUGUCCGCGGAUGACAGUGCCCGCUCUGCACACAGCUAUUAAUGCGGAACCCCUGUUUGGCACUUUGAGAGAUGGAUGUCAUCGGCUCCCCAAGAUUAAGGAAACCACAGCUUUGACAGAGCCUGGGAAGGAGAGACGAGGAGGCAUGCCUUCGGCUUGGUCUCAACAUCCUGAAGCUGAUCCCAUCCUGCUACCAUCCAACAUUCACUCGGAAUCAAAGGUGCCAAUUCCAAAUCAAGACCCUAAUGAUUUCUCCCAAGCAAAUCUGGCAUACGGAGAGGCUGUGAACUGGCGGCCACUGGAUCUGAGAGGGGGGAGCCUCGGAACACCCCCCAGCCAGAGGGCUCUGAGACGUAGCAGCAGUAUCCUCUCGGGAUCUGUAGGUUUGGAGACCUUCCAGGAGAGAACCAAGGGUGCGGUCAGCUUAAAGUGUCCGGGUAUCACAGAAGCACAGGAGGCCAGUUCAGAAAGGCGAGCAGAACUCCCCCUGGGGAAGAAGCUCACCAAAAGUUUUUCCCAAAGCUCGAUGUUCUUUAGCUCUGAGGGAAAAGUCCACAGAAGGUCCCCGGUGGCUCACAAAGACUCAAAGCUGUAUAGGACAUUACCCUUGCGCAAGCUGGAAGGCAGCAAUUGGAGAUGCCGGGGACCUUUCAGCUACUGCUUCCUGAACCGAGGGCAGGAGGAAGACGGUGAUGAGGAUGAAGAGGAGGGAGAGGCCACCCGCCGGGUCUCUUGCCUCUUUCGACCACAGAUGACUCAAGCCAUGCCAGAACCAAUCAGCCCACCCCUGGCUGUUGGCAUUCAGAAGCAAGGAGGGGAGCUGACCAGAGGUUCAGUGCUAAAGGUCUGGGCGGAAGAUCUGAGUGGCCCAGAUGAUGCGGACUUCAGCAACCUGGCCUUUGAUGCCCGGAUUGCAAGAAUAAAUGCCCUAAAAGAGAGCACAUAUGCAAUGCCUGAUGGGUUCCUCGCAGCCCAAAAUGAUGCCAAUGAGCUGCUCUGCCUCGUCAGGGCAACGAAGGGAAAGAGAGAGGAGUCACGCCCUGAGGCAUAUGACCUUACGCUUUCUCAGUACAAGCAACUGUUAUCCAUCGAGUCCAGACAGUUGGGAAGUGCCUGUAGGAAAAUGGCUAUGGCCGAGAAAAGCCCAGAGGAGAUGCUUCUAGCUAUGACCUCCAGCUUUCAAGUGCUCUGUUGCCUAACGGAAGCUUGCAUGCGAUUAGUUAAAGUCGUGAACUCGGAAACGCAGCGGCAGGAAAUCGUAGCGAAGAUCAAUGAAGUGGUCAUAAACUACAUUUGUCUCCUGAAAGCUGCAGAGGCAGCCACUGGAAAGACCACUGGGGAUCCUAAUGUUGGACUCUCGGCGCGACAUUCAACCACCAUGGCCGCCCUCGUAAGCACACUAACACGUUCUCUCAAGAUGCUUUUAAAUAAAUAAAAUAUGAAAGUCACAUCAUAAUCUACCUUUGCAAAGCCAUACAUGAACUUUUAUUUACUUUAUGUGUACGAUGAACAGAUGUCUCCUUUCUUCUCUCUGUAUAUUUUGUUAUUUUAUAUAAAAUAGGAGAUAAAAGUCACAUUGAUGAAAUGUUGAAAUGUACUAAUCAGAUGUAUUCUGUUUAUAUUAUACAUAUAUAUACGUAAAAGAAAUAUACAAGAAAGUGAUGACAUUUGGCUAUUUUUCGUAUAGUUGAAACGCCAGGUAUAUGAUGUGAAAUUUUAAACUCUCAGCAAAACCGUGUUAGAGCAGAACAAUGAAUCCUCUCCCCUUUCCUUCCAAGCAGAUACUUGGAGACCAUAUCAUUCAUACUUAGAAGUUAAAAAGAGAGAGAGAAAGAAAGAAAGAGAGAGAGAGAAAGAAAGAGAGAAAGAAAGAAAGAGGGAGAGAGAAAGAUCACAAUGUAUAUAAGUCAGUACUUAUGUUUUAAAAUUAUGAUUUUUAAGCAUUGGAAAUAGCAGAAAGACAUUUAAAAUCUGAGAAGCUAUUAUGAAUUAUUAGAGAAUAUAUAUAAUAAAUUAAUUUUUUUGCUCAUAGUGUUUGGUUAUCUGAUGCUUUCUUCCAAGAAUCCUACAUGAAAUUUAAUUUUCGCUUAUGCCAUUUGGGCUAGAAAUGGGGUGGGGGCGGAUUCUAUUGUGUCAAUACAAAUGUUCUUCAUGAUGUUUCUAUAAUUAAAAUAUUUCCCCCAAAAGAACAGAAGUAAUGAUGGGCAGGUUCCUAGGUAAAAUGUCUAGAGUUAGAGAUUAUCUAAUUACGUAAAAUGAAAGGAAUAAUGUCAAAAUUAAAAUGUUUGAUGAAAAGAGAGAUCUCCUUUGAUUAAAUGUCAAAAUAUAUAAACCAAAGACAUCAUCUUCCUCCCCGCCCCAACUCAACCGUGAGACGUAGAAUUCCAUUAAGAGCGACAGAACAUUUAGUGAAGUAUUUGCAAAAUUACAAAAAGCAACAUUCAGUGAUCAUCAUAGUUAAGUGCAGAUCCAGUAAUGUGAGUCAGGGCAUAGAACUUCGUGCGUCACCUCGAGAGGGGCCGAUGCUUCCAACCAAAUUUGAAAUUCCAGCCUACCACUGGGACAGUUUCAAAUCUGGAGUGUUCCAGAAAAUCAGGGAGAGAUGGCUCCUCUAAUAUGGAAGCCAGGAUGAAUAAAUAAAGCAUUUAGCGAAUGUUCUAAUUUGGAUUGGUAGAUUGAAAUAUGAAAGCCGGGGCGGGGGGGGGGGGGGUGCGGAAAGACAAGUGGUAAAUUUGACCACUGUGGGCAAAACUGGUGGAAUGCAAAGGGGUUUUCAGAACUGUCCUCUGUCUAAAAAUGUAUCUCUGGGUCAAAGCAAAAGGAUGCGAAACGCAGUUGUCAAAGAAAAUUGAUAUGUACAUAUGUACUUCAUGGGUCAUUUAGUGCUUAAGCUAUACAUACUCCUGUUUAUGUAGAUGGCUCCUUAAAAUAUGACAGGAGUAUGGCAGGUGCAAAUACUUCAUUUCUGUAGCCUACCGGGCAGGAGGCAUCACAGUCUCUUGUCAGUCGUUCCAUAGAGACUCAGUAACAAAAGUCACACAUAUUUAUAGAUGGUAGCAAACAAAAGGAGUUUAGAUGUGUGUUAUUAUAAAUAAUGUUUAAAUAAUACAACAUUAUUUUCUUAUAAUUAUAAAUAUUGGUGUUUGAUAUUGAUAAAUAUUAAUGGUGUUUACUGUGGCAAUUUUUGGUAAAUAUUCUGUGUACUAAAAUACUAACAUGAAUAGGAUGUGUGUUGUAUGUCAGACAAUGUGCUAAACAUAUCACAUAUAUUACUCAAUCACCACAACGAUCUUAUGGUUUGGACACUAUUGUUAAUUCCCGACGGAGGCAAUAUGGUGUGAUAGUUAAGGACGCGGGGCCUGGGGUCAGAAACUUCCUGAUUUAAAUUUGGACUCUGCCAUUUCCUAUCCCUUUCAUCUUGGGAAAGUUGAUCGAUUUUUUUCUGAGUCUCAACUUGCUUACAGUAAAAUGAAAAUCGAUUUCCACAGGAUUGUCAUGACUUGGAAGCAAAAUCGUGUGUGUAAAGGUUUUGCCGCAAUGAGGGCAUACCUGGCAGGCUAUAUACUUCCUGUUAAGAUCUUAUCAUCAUGGUCAGUACGUUAAAUAUAUUGCCCAAGAUAAUGUAUGGGGGAUGUUUGCUUUAUAUGCAUAUCGUCUCCUGCCUGUAUAUGCAGGAUGUGGUAUGUGCGUUGCAUGUGUAUAAAAGAAGUGUCCAAGGAAAUAGCCAUCCUCGUUCAAAUCCUAUCCAGUUAGAACAGCUUCCCAGUCCAUUCUAGUUCUUUGAGAGGCCUCAGUAAAACAGCUCUGGGUCCUUCCGAACCAUCUCCCAUGACCUAUGGGUGCUCCAGUACGUUUCUGUUUCUUAUAGACAACCUCCUUAGUACGUAGAAAACCUCAAGCCCCCCCGCCCAUUCACUACACAUGGGGCUCCUAAGUGGGGUCCAGGUCCACUAGAGUGUAGGAGGAACAUGUUAGAAUGAUCCUUGUGUUUCUUUUUAUCUAGCAUUUUUUUAUGUUUGUGUAUGUUUUAUAAUGGCGUAAUAGUACGGUGGUAUAUGUACAUCAUUUUAAAUAAAUAAAUCAAUUAAUAAGCA